AUGGACCGUCCGUUCGUCGCCGCCGCACACCUCGCCUCCGCGCACCCUAUCGGCGCGCGUUGCGCUCCCGUCUUGUCCUUCACCCCCGCCGCCGCUCUCCUCCGCCACGAGGACACUCUUGCCUGCGCGCUCCCCCCGUCCACCUCCGCCUUCUCCCCCACAUCCGUCGCACGCGUCGCCAAUCGAAACGCAUCCGCUCGCCGAUGUCGCACGGCGACUGUCUUGGCGACCGCGGGCAGCGCGGCAGCGACCAGCGGCGACGAGAGCGAGGGCGGGGGGCGCGCGGGGAGGCGCGCGGCGAUCGACGUUGAGGGGCUGAGCCUGAGCCUGGGGCGCGCGCAGGUGCUGCGCGAGUGCAGCCUGCGCGUGCCCGAGGGGCAGCUGUGGAUGCUGCUGGGGCCCAACGGAUGUGGCAAGUCAACGCUGCUCAAGGUACUAGCGGGGCUGCUGCAGCCCAACAGUGGGCGGCUGCGAGUGGAUGCACCUCGCUCCUUCGUCUUCCAAAACCCCGACCACCAGGUCAUCAUGCCAACAGUGAAUGCUGACGUGGCGUUUGGGCUAGGGCGGCUGAACCCGCCAUUGCCAGAGGAGGAGGUGCAGCGGCGCGUGGCAGAGGCGCUGGAGGCUGUUGGCAUGGCGGAGUACGGGCAGCGCCUGGUAUCGACGCUGAGUGGGGGCCAGAAGCAGCGGGUGGCGAUAGCGGGGGCACUGGCGGAGGAUUCACACACACUGCUGCUGGACGAGCUCACCACCUUCCUUGACUCCCAAGACCAGUUCGCAGUCAUCAAGGCAGUGCGCAAUGUGGUGUCGGGCAGCUCCCCGGGCAGCAGCAGCACUGCGCACAGCAGCUCAAACAGCGGCUCUGGCAGCAGCAGCAGCAGCAGCAGCAGCAGCAGCAGCAGCAGCAGCAGCAGGAGGGGGCGGGGGGGGAGGAGGGUGACAGCGCUGUGGGUGACGCAUCGGCUGGAGGAGCUACAGUUUGCAGACGGGGCAGCAUACAUGGAUGGCGGCAGGGUGGUGGUCAUGGGGUCCGUGCCUCAUGUUGUGGACUAUAUCACCCGCCAGCAGCAACAGCAGCAGGCUGCCACUGCAGGGUCAGGCAUCGGCAGGUUCGGAAACCCGCGAACCGUUUUCUCGCCUGUAAGCUACUCUCCUGCCAAGCCUGCUGCUAGCAACGGCGACGGUGAGACGUACUGCAGCAGCGUGCUUCUGAAGAGCGUGAGGCCGCUGCUGGAGAAUCUGGCGAAGCACCUGCAUGCGUCGUCCUCCCAAGGCCUUGCUGACGGCCAGCACAAGCCCACCAAGUCGCACGUGGCGGACGCACCUCUUGUGAAACGGCCUGGAAUCGGCCGCUUCGGAGGCAAGCCUGCUGCUGCCGUGCUUGCACCUGCACCUGUGGUCGUCACUGCUGCUCCAGUCACACCGUCUGCUGUGGUUGCGCCUGUGGUGGUGACUGUGGUGGCUCCAGUGGCUUUAACCACACCAGAGGGCAAGAAUGGGUGCAGCAGCAAGGCGGUGAGCACGGGUGUGAAGGGUGGCAAGGUCAGCAGCACGCAUUCAGGCUCUGCUCCAUGUGCAGCAGCACAGAAGCCAAGGCCUGCCCCAUGUGGUGCAGCAGCAGCAGCAGUUGCGGGACCACGUGGUGCUGCAUUAUCAGUGAGAGCAGCUGGCACGGCCAGCAGCAGACACGCAAGUGGGGUGAAGAGGAGAGUGGAGGGAGCAGCAGGGAGGGCAGCAGGUGGAAGGCAGGGCGGUGUGAAGACAGUGGGUGGCAGAGCAUUGGCAAGUGGCGUGUGUGGCAGGGAGGGGGUGAAGCAGCAGGUGGGGAGGAGAGAGGGUUUGGUGCAUGAGAGGCAGGCGAGGCCAGGCUGCAGCAGCAGCAGGGCGCACAGAAGGAGCUCUUGA